AUGUCCCACAGCCUCUCUUCGACUCCUCAGCUCAGCUCUCCUCAUCCGACCGCUAAUCGCGCCCCGGGAGCUCCUCUUAACAAGGCAUCCCGUCCUCCGCAGGACACGCCCCGUACUCAGGCGGCGCCUUUGCGUGGAGACAAGCCUCUUCCCCCGACUCCUCGGCCCACCAAGGUUCGUUUCGCCGAGGAGACCGUCCCUCUGUUCGCUCCCCAUCGUAGCAAUCGCUCUCGGCACGAGGGUAUUUCCACCUCCAAGGGAUCCUCUCGCCUCAAGCCCAAGGUGAAGCACAGCAACUCGCACGAGCUUCCCUCAAUGUGUUUCCCCCGGCCCUACUGGCAGCCGGACUAUAGGAGAUCGGCCCCGCGGGACCCCCCCGUACCCGUUCCCCUUUACGCGGACGUCCCCGGGCCGUAUCCGUCCGUCACCGUACACGACACUCCUCUCGCUCAGCUUCCUCCUCUCGGUCCCCUCCGCCCCGCUCCCCUGCCCAUGCCCGUCCCGUACUAUGCCCCGCCUGCGCCCUACCACCACCCCGACGGCCCCGUCUAUCCUCGUACAAUGGUCAGCGGAAGUAGCAGUGCACUCCAGCUCCCCCACCUCGAGGAUGGAUACUCGUACCACAUCCACAGCCCCACGCCUACCACCACGCGGGUCAAGAAGGUGUGGGAGGGCCACAGCCGGUACAUCUAA